UAUGCGUCAGUGUGUCAGUGCACACUGCGCAACUGCCGUUUCUCUAGGCUGAAAAAGAGAAUAAAAAUGGCUCUCGAUAAUUUUCUCUUUGCCCAGUGUAUACUUUAUUUUUUGGCUUUUCUCUUUGGGUUUAUCGCCGUAGUUCCGUUAUCUGAAAACGGUGAUGAUUUCCAAGGGAAAUGUCUGCUAUUUACUCGGGGGAUGUGGCAGAACGAGAACAUCACAGUGGAGAAACAGAGGUUUAUUGUAGAGGAAUGGGGGCCAGAAUCUGCUUGUCGUUUCAGCACUUUCGUUGGGAUAGUGUCCCUCAUUGUAUCUGCAGUACAGGCGUGGAGAAUACUAUUCUACCUCUGCAAGGGUCACGAUGACUCCUUCUUUUAUGCCUUCGUAAAUCUGCUGGCAAGUUCCUUUGUGGUUUUUGUCAUCUUUGUUGCCAGCACAAUUGUCAGCGUGGGAUUUAACAUGUGGUGCGAUGCCAUCACUGAAAAUGGAAGCAUGCCAAACAGCUGUGAGGAGCUGCAGGAUACUGAUUUGGAACUACAUUUGGACAACUCCUCCUUUUAUGACCAGUUUGCCAUUGCACAGUUUGGACUGUGGGCUGCCUGGCUGACGUGGCUGGGAAUCACUAUCCUUUCUUUCCUAAAAGUCUACCACAAUUACCGACAGGAAGACCUGCUGGACAGCCUGAUCCAUGAGAAGGAGCUUCUGCUGGGGAGGUCUUCCAGACGGGGAUCAGAUCUGGAUGACAAGAGUGGCAUGAUCUAAUGUCCACCUCUUUGGAGUUCCAUGUUAUUUACAUACUUCCUUGAAUUGCCUGUGGUUCUCCCUGCCAUAGUUACUUAGAUAUUUGAGCACAAUUAGGUCUAUUCCAGGCUGGUUUUGGGUGUAAUCUGAUCCUUGUGGGGUAUAUCUAUAACAUUAUAAUACCACUGAACCUCAGCAGAACCUUUAGCUGGCCACAUAAUUGCCAACAAUGGCAAGAGAUUGGGAGAACGUUGGUAAUGAUAAGGUACCAUGGUACCACACUGAUUACCAUUGUCUACUCAUUCAAACCAUUUGGAUGUAUGUCAGUAUGGAUACUAUGUUACCAUUACCCCUUAGUACAAAACCAUUGCAUUGCCAUUGUAGAUAAUUUUGUAAUACUGCCUUAUUUGAGCAUGUCUCUUCAGUGAGAGCAGCUUUCAGUAAGAUGGAACUGCUCCAUCACACCUUUGUUGCUCCGAGACAAAUGUCGCUGAAAGUACCAUGCUAAGAACUCAGUUUUCACACGGGAAUGGAUGGAAGUCAUUCUUCACUAAACAAAUUAUUUAAAAAAAAUGUUUUAAUGCCUGCGCAUGGUUUCACAGACGCUGAUUAACACUAAUCUUGGACUACCCAAUUUAACCUUUACUCACUUAUCCCUUGACUGACUCGGUCAUUGAAGAUUCAUUUUUUGAGUCACAAUUGUCAUUUCCCUCAACUUCAGGUGGUCUUCAGUAGCUUGGAGAAGCUCUCACUGCGAUUUCCCCAUAUAGGUGCUCUGGCCACAUGGGAAAACCACUUCAGCUUCCGCCUCUUUACUGCUGCUAGUAGAUGCCUGUGGGAUCUAAUUAUUGCAGUUACUUCUUUAAUAGAGCUGUUUGUUUUAUGUGCGGAAUAUGCUAUCAGUAGGAUGCUUCUGAUACAUCUGAAGUCAAAGGCUUCAAUUCUUAAUUCUCUUCUUGCUGUUAGAGUCCAGUUUUCCCAUCCGUGCAGGGCUGUUGAGAACACAAUCGUUCUAAGAAGUUUUAUCUUGGAUGUACUUGAGAUGUUCUUGUCUUUCCAGAUUCUGUCAAGUUUUGCAAGUGCUGCUAUUAUGAGGGCAAAUCUACUUUAGAUUUCUGUUUCAGAUUUCCCAUCUUUUGUGGUGGUGGCUGUGAGGUAUUUGAAUGAGUCCAUGUGUAAACUUCUUGUUCAACAUCAAAAUUUUCCAUUCCAUAGGCAGUUGCAGCAUUGUCUAGCCUUGUUGAUAGAUCUGCUAACUGUGGUCUUAUUACUCCUAUCCAGUCGAUAUUGUCUGCAAAGCUACAGAUCUUCCUACCUCCAACUGAUACUGUCCCUUCAAAGUUUGAGGGCUUCUGACAUAAAAUAAUCAAGGAAAAGGUUGAACAGGCAUGGCAACAGGAGACAUCCAUGUCUUACCUCCUGUUUUGCAGAACCAGUUACUCAGCGUGUCACCAGCAAGAUAUGCACUCUCUGCAUUGUUGUAGUUGGCUCCAAUGGUUGUUAUUAUUCUUUUGCUAAUGUUAAGCUUCUUCAUCACCAUCGAUAGUGCGUUUUGCCAUACACGAUCACAUGGUUUAUUGAAGUCUAUAAAGUUGUGAUGUAGUUCCUGUUGGUGUUAUAUGUGUUUUUCAUUCAGUAUUCUCAAGCUGAAGAUUGCUUCUUCUAGUCCUGAAAGCUGCUUUUUCUUGUAAGUAAUGCUUCUAAAUGAGGCUUAGUAGAACUUUGCUUGGGUGACUGAUUAGCUGACAGGGCGGUGGCUUUUGUACUGGUGAAGGUUCCCUUUCUUGGACAUUGGAAUCACAGUAGAUCGUGCCUAUAGGUUAGCCACCUCCCUGACUUCCAGGUAGUGUUUCAUAUUUUGUGAAGUAUCAAUGGUGACAUCUCCCCCAUUUUUCAGCAGUUCUGCAGGUAUGCUGUCUAUUCCUGCUGAUUCACCAAUUUUCGUGCUGCUUCUUCAACUUUUUCUCUGAGUAUGGACAAAUCCUUAGGUAAGUUCAUAAUCAUUGCUAAUCUGGGUCUGUGAAACCAGACCUUAAUAUAAAAAAGUGGUACAGUUUAAAAGGUGUACAUAAAUGAUAGCCAGGGUAUGAGAGUGCAUUACAUACUCUGUAUAUCAAAACAAUUUGAAACAGUUGACCAUUGAACUUAAUGCCAGCGAAGGCAAUGGAAAUGGAAGUUUGUAAACAACAAAACUCUAUAAAAAGGCAUCGUAGUUGGCUGGACCUUACGCGCAAUACAUGCCAUCCUUUCUGUGUUACAGUCUUUUGUUGUCAAACAUUUUGCAUGCUGUGUGCUUUAAUGGAAGCAAUGUUAUAUAUACAAAUUUGAGAGUGGAGUGUGUUCAUGCCUACUUCCAUUAGCAUUGCACGCACUCAUUGUUAAUUAGUUUUGUCUCAUGUAUUGCAUAGAUUUGAGCAGAUUAGUAACCUAAUGCUUUGAUAGAUUAUUGUUCUGGAUUUCAGCCUGCUUCGCUAAUGCUAUCACCUUAAACCUGUAUUUUCCAACUAGGUGAUGUCCUAUAACAUUCUUAAAAACAUGUAGAUAAGGAAGAGAUAGAGAUGGUUGUGUACAAUUGUGUGCGGCUUACUUAAAGCAGUGUUAUAGGAGGCUGUGUAGUCCAGUGGUUAAAGAAAAGGGCUUAUAACCAGAAGGUCCCCAGUUCAAAUCCCACCUCAGCCACUGACUCAUUGUGUGACCCUGAGCAAGUCACUUAACCUCCUUGUGCUCCGUCUUUCGGGUGAGAUGUAGUUGUAAGUGACUCUGCAGCUGAUGCACAGUUCACACACCCUAGUCUCUGUAAGUCGCCUUGGAUAAAGGCGUCUGCUAAAUAAACAAAUAAUAAUAAUAAAGUGUUACUAACUUGUAAUAUAUAAAUAUUUUAACAGUCUCUUCUAAUUGCUUUAAUAUUAGUGUAUUCAGCCAAAUGAUUAGGAUUGUUUCACAAAAAAGGAAACUCAUCUUGAAUCUGGCUUUCCUAGCGUGUUGAUGUCCAAGUGGCUUUCAAAGCACAUUCGUCAGAUGCUUCCACUUCCUUCUUGUGCAUACUAACAAUGGAGACAUGCCAACAAUCCUUGAAUUAUUACGUUUCAUUUAUUUUGUGGUAUUUUUUUUUAUUAGACAUCGUACAUCUAACCCAACUUUCCAUAAGCCUCAAUGCUCUUCCCUUGACUCGAGGCACCAGGUCUUUAGCCUAUUAUUAUUAAUUUCUUAGCAGACGCCCUUAUCCAGGGUGACUUACAAUUGUAUUGCAUUAUUUUUUAUAUAUAAUUACCCAUUUAUACAGUUUUUACUGGAGCAAUCUAGGUAAAGUACAUUGCUCAAGGGUACAGCAGCAGUGUCCUCCACCUAGGAUUGAACCCACAACCCUGUGGUCAAGAACCACUACUCCACACUGCUGCAGGCUACAUUCCAAAAAGAAUCCUUUAAAGGAUUCACACUUCUCUACUAGACCAUUAUGUACUGCAUGAAUGAUGUUUUCCUGAGAUUCCUUGAAUCACUUCAGAGCUCAAUUUACUGUUCACUCAGGAGUUAUACAGACUCUUCAGACACCAUUAGCCUUUCUCUAACCCUAUCUUUUAAAAUAAGAAUAAAAAAAAAAAUGUAAAGGCACUUCUAUUAAAAGUGACAAUUGUGUAGAUUGUAAUAAGAUGCACAAGUAUGCACUUUAAAAGACCAAUAGACCUUGUUAAACUUGCUGCGGAUUUUAUGUUUUUAGUGUAGGUACUGAAGUGUUCUUUCAAUGUGUACAGUACUUUUAUCCAUGGGAACAGCUUUUGCAUUGUAUUGCUUAAACCUAUAUAAAAGCAAGGCUUCCAGAUAUUGUGCUGUUAACAGUAUUAAUUGCAACUCAGUAUGGAAAGAUAAUUUGUAAUGGAUUAUUAAAAGUGUUUUGUGUCUUCUUAUUGCUCUCUAAUUAAAAGCAUAGAUAUGAAUUGGCAUAAUAUGUCAGUGUUCUGGUUCAGACCUUACUGUCUCCCCAGGUCUACCACACACAUACUAUUAUGGGGGCUGUACUGGGAAGCAGUCUGUUAUUUCAAGGCUCAUCAGUAAAAAUGUUUUGCUUGUUUAUUAUUAACAUGGGACCAAAUAUUCGAAUGUCUUGCGUGUGUCGCAAGGGGAGUUAAAUAAAAUGUUGUUCCUGUUAUUAAGCAGUAGUAUAAUAGGAAGCAGUGGUAUUUAAAAAUAACAGAAGCCAGUUUUCACUUCAUGAAGUAGGCUACAAUAUUUGUUUUCAUUAAAAACUUGUUGACGCUU